AACUCAGUGCCUCCUCCGCCGGCGACGACAUUCAGAUAGGAGAUGGCGGCUCGAGGGGGGUUUCAGACGGCACCGACUGGUGGUGGCGGCGGAUCAAUGGGACCUGGACCACCGGUUCCGGGCGCAGGACCAGUCAUGGGGCCCGGGACUCCAACUGGAAGGAUGGGACCGUCAUCGGCCGCGCAGAACCACAUGUACCGCUCCCCGAUGCCCGGGCCUGGAUACCCGAGACCAGGCAUGCCUCCAUCCAGCCGUAUGACCCCACAGGGACCAGCCAUGGGCCCUCCAGGAUAUGGCGGCAGUCCCGUGUCUCGUCCUGGGAUGCCAGGUGUUAUGGAUCCAUCUCGUAAGAGGCCAGCGCCUCAGCAGAUUCAGCAGGUUCAGCAGCAGAACCGCAACCAACACACAAAGAAGAAAAAGAUGGCUGAUAAAAUUCUACCUCAGAGGAUCAGGGAACUGGUCCCAGAGUCUCAGGCUUACAUGGAUCUGCUGGCUUUUGAGAGGAAGCUAGACCAGACCAUCAUGCGCAAAAGGCUGGACAUUCAGGAGGCCCUCAAGAGGCCCAUUAAGCAAAAGAGAAAGCUUCGUAUCUUCAUAUCAAACACCUUCAACCCUGCGAAGCCAGAUGCAGAGGAUGGAGAAGGCACAGUUGCAUCGUGGGAGCUACGUGUUGAGGGACGCCUGUUGGAAGAUACGGCUGUGUCUAAAUAUGAAGCCACCAAACAGAAAAGGAAGUUCUCUUCUUUCUUCAAGUCCCUAGUGAUUGAGUUGGACAAGGACCUGUAUGGUCCAGACAAUCAUCUUGUGGAAUGGCAUAGGACUGCUACCACCCAGGAGACUGAUGGUUUCCAGGUGAAGAGGCCUGGUGAUGUGGGUGUUCGCUGCACCGUCCUGCUCAUGCUUGACUACCAGCCCCCGCAGUUCAAGCUGGACCCCCGACUGGCCCGUAUGCUGGGCAUCCACACCCAGACCAGACCUGUCAUAAUCCAGGCCCUGUGGCAGUAUGUCAAGACCCACAAACUCCAGGACCCUCAUGAGCGGGAGUUCAUCAACUGUGACAAGUACCUGCAGCAGAUUUUUGAAACUCAGCGUAUGAAGUUCUCUGAGAUUCCUCAGCGCUUGCAUGCACUCCUGAUGCCUCCAGAGCCUAUCAUCAUCAACCAUGUGAUCAGCGUGGACCCCAAUGACCAAAAGAAGACUGCUUGUUAUGACAUCGAUGUGGAGGUGGACGACACACUGAAGACCCAGAUGAACUCUUUCUUACUCUCCACAGCCAGUCAGCAGGAAAUAGCGGGGCUGGACAACAAGAUCCAUGAAACCAUCGAGACCAUUAACCAACUGAAGACCCAGAGAGAGUUCAUGCUGAGCUUUGCCAGAGAUCCUCAGGGCUUUAUCAAUGACUGGUUGCAGUCCCAGUGCAGAGACCUCAAGACCAUGACGGAUGUGGUUGCAAACCCAGAAGAAGAGCGGAGGGCUGAGUUUUAUUAUCAGCCAUGGGCUCAGGAGGCCGUCUGUCGCUACUUCUACUCCAAGGUCCAGCAGAGGCGACAGGAGCUGGAGCAGGCGCUCGGUAUCAGAAACACCUAAAGUAAAACAAAAAAAGGUCUACAGGCAACAGACGUUCGUGUGUGUGUGUGUGUGUGUGUGUGUGUUUUGCACACAUUUGUGUGUGCAUAUGUGUAUGUAUGCGGGGCAUUCUGACUUCUGGCAACUUAGAAACUGACAAACCUAUUAAGACAUAAAUAUUAGACGGUUUUACUGUUUUAUAUAGGAUUUUAUUUCUUGAUUGAGGCUCGACGGCUACUUCCACACUUCUGUUUUUGUUCCUGCUUUUCUUUUCUAGAGUUUCAUAAGCGCAAUGCAUUUCCUCUUGCAUGUGUACGCCUUACUUGGAAGCAUUCCUUUUCAUUUAAAUGCAUUGUGCCCACACAAAGGCAUAGACUGAACACAAAAGAAAUGCAGAGAGCAGAUUGGACCUGGCAGCCCUUACUGCAUUUUGACGUAGAAACAGAUCAAAUCUUUAAAUUGGCUGGAAUCUGUAGAUUCAGCCACUACUCUUUCUCCCCUGCUUUUGGAAAAGUAAAUUUACAUUUUACACAUCUAACUUGGCCCCAGCUGCUUGCCGUUCAGUUCAAUAUCAAUUAUGACUGUUUGUUAUCAGUUGCAUUGCUCACUGUUUUCUUUUUUUGGGGGGGAUUUGAUAUGAAUUUGACUUUCUUGGCAGAAUAUACAUGGCUGUGGCAGUUUUUUUUGUUUGUUUGUUUUGGGGGGUGGGGGGGAUUGAGUGCCAUUUUGUAUGUUUAUUUUCUUUAUUAUCAUUGAUCUUUGUUUUGUAUAUGUAUUAUACCAGUACUUGUCUUGUUAGAUAGUACAGAUUAUUAAGAAAGUAGCUAGUAUGAGUACCUCUAGUCUAUAUAGUUUUGUAAAUACUGAGCAGAAAAAAACUGAAAAAUGGAUGUGAAGUAAAAUUGUAUCCCUUAUCCUGGCAGAUCUUUUUCUUAACUCUUGUCUAUGCUCAGAUAGUUGAAGCAGUAUUUAUAAUAAUCAGCCCUUGCUCUCGGAGCACAGUGAUUUAGCUCUCUACAGUGGAAAGGUUUAAGUCACAUACUGUAUGACGACCCACUGCUCUGCAGGGCAAAAUGCACACCGCGUUGAUGUUUCCUGCGAGCUGGGGACAGUUAAAUCUUCUGCCUUUUUUAGUUAUGUGUAUUUUAUUCAUGUGCAGAGCAGCUGGUAACACUUGAACACACUCUGUGUCACAUGUGGAUGAGCACAUGUAAAGAGUACUUGCUUCUCCGGUCACUUUGCUGAAGCUGUGGCUGAAACACUCGCCUGUGUGCAUUUCAUUAAUAAAAUACACUAAUGUGGGUUUGGGCAGGUGAUUGAUUUGAAAUGAGUUGUGGGAGCCUCUGGGGUAUAAAACACAACACUGGUGGAGCUGUAGGAUUAUUUGAAUCUGCAGACUUUUUCAUGGACCAAACCUAUUUUUCUGUAUGUUCUUAUGUUAUAAUAAAGAAUUAUGUAAAAUGUA